CCAAUAAGUAAGAAUAGAAAAACAAUAAACUCUUUUUUUUGAAUUAUGAAAAAGCGACAUGUAAAAAGAAUAUGAAAAACAUUAAAAAUUCAUAGUUUAAAUGGAAGGAUGGAGUAUUAUUAUUUCUAAAGAAAGUGACUAAAAGAUAAUAUCUUGCUUUAUGCGACUGACACGUGUGACCGUGACCGUGAAAUGGAGGUUAUUCCAAUAACAGACUACCUAACAAAAAAGCAGCUAAAAACCAAAAAUCCAUUUGUGUGUCUUUUCGCCUCAAACUCUCUUCUGUAACCCUCCACUUCAAAGUUUAAACCCUAACACUACAAUAUAUACAUACGGUAUAUCUUAUUGUAAUUUUAUAGUACAUCUGCACGGAUUCAUGGGUUGCUCCUCCUCUCUUCCAGAUAGGACUUCUGGGCGGUUGGGUGGACUUAACAAUUCUGAAAGCAGUGGAGUUUCUGAUGCCAAAAAUUUACGUGUGAAGCUGGUAUUAUUAGGUGAUUCUGGAGUUGGUAAAAGUUGUAUUGUUCUUCGCUUUGUUCGUGGUCAAUUUGAUCCAACAUCCAAGGUGACUAUCGGAGCUUCAUUUUUGUCGCAGACAAUAGCUUUACAAGAUUCUACAACAGUUAAGUUUGAAAUAUGGGACACUGCAGGGCAAGAAAGGUAUGCUGCAUUGGCACCGUUAUACUACAGAGGUGCUGCAGUUGCAGUUAUUGUGUAUGAUAUAACAAGCCCAGAGUCAUUCAACAAGGCACAAUAUUGGGUGAAGGAACUUCAAAAGCAUGGGAGCCCUGAUAUAGUGCUGGCUUUAGUUGGGAACAAGGCUGAUCUUCAUGAGAAUCGAGAAGUGCCUGUUCAAGAUGGAAUGGAAUAUGCAGAGAAGAAUGGGAUGUUCUUUAUUGAGACAUCUGCAAAGACUGCAGAUAAUAUAAAUCAGCUGUUCGAGGAAAUUGCUAAACGACUCCCCCGCCCAUCAUCAUCAUGAUUGCUGAACCUUGUAACUGAACAACUAGAGGGCGUCCAGUGUUGUGGGGACGUACUUGCCUGUAUCAAAUGUGUAUAUGUUGAAUUGGUGAUACCUGUAAUCUUUCCUCUAUUUUAUGAUUUGUAUUUGAAACUGUUCAAGCUAUAAGAUUAUGAAUCACUUUUAUUGUGUUGAUCAUAAAAUUCUGUUGAUCAUAAACACACAUCAUCUUUAUAAGACUAAGGGAGUCAUUUAUCUGAAUCCCAUGAUAUGGUUUAUUAUUGAA